AGAGAUUUCGAUCUUCGAUAUACUGCUGCAGCAGCAACUUCAAAGGACCACAAAACAUUUACAGAAGCUAGUGGGGAGAGAAGAUCUUUGGAGUUCAAUUCUACUUGGAUGAGAACUGUUAUAGGAAAAUUCUUUGAAGGCAAUGAGACUGCAAUCAGCCUAGGUCUGGAUGAACUAACUUCAACAAUCUAUGAUGUCCUCAACUCAGGUCGUAAAGAUGAGGAGCUUCAGAAUGAGGUUAGUUUUCAAGUGACAUGAGCAUGACAUAUUUAUCACGUAUAAAGUCAUUGUAACAUACCCUGGCCACUUUCUUUUUGGGCUUUUCCCCUCUUUUAUUGCCGUUAAACUUUUUCAGGGGGUGGUAAGUAUUUAGCCUACCUUGCCUAUGCAAAAAGUCACAGAAGUUCUUAUGAUACUUUUACUUAGUUAGCUUGAAAUGGUUAAAAAAUUUUAAUAUUCUUACAUAAAUUAAAAAUGUUUUUUUGGGGAAAAAUGUGAUAAAAUCAUAAUAUAAUUUAAAUUAUUGCCACUGAAAAGCAGUAGGACACAUUAUUUAUGUCAUGUGUCAAAUUAUUUAUCAGCUUUGUAAAUUUUUUAUAUACGUAUGCUAUAAUUAUCAUUAUGUGAAAUAAAAACUCCUCAGAGGAAGAUAAUUUUUGGAUUAUUAAUACGAUUUCUCUUUGUAAAAUUCUAGCUUUUUGACCUUCUUGGCUUUGACCGUUUUGAGUUAAUACAGCAGCUUCUAGUCAACCGCAACAACAUAAUCAAAGCUCAUAUGGCAGAAUCUACUAGAGCUAUUCUACAACAGAUGCCAAGUACGUCUCUGAUUCUUAAUGUAAAUUAUAUUAUUAUUCUAAUGUUCUAGAGGCACCCUGGUUAGGUGAACCAAUGCCCUGAUUAGGUGACAAGAAUCUAUUGUGACGACCUGAUUAGGUGACUUGGUGACAUUGUAACCGGGAACACGUAAAGAGCACAGUGAGACCCAAAUACACUGUCACUCAUCCACCGCAUCCUGUGCUUUUUCCAGUUGACUUGCCCCUAAAUAAAAAUAGGCCAGGUUGAGAGAGUGAGCCUGAUGUUAUGUGCUCUUCUCCCUCACUUAAAUGAAAACUAAACACAUAUAUGGACUGGUAGGUGUUGCUCACGGACAAAUACAUAAACGGUCAUCUUUGCUUGUGAAGGACGACAACAGUAACGGAGCCAAACAAAAAAAUCGUAUCACUCUUUCAUCCUGCAAUCAAAUAAGCUUUACAAAUAUGAAUGAAAUAAUCAUAUGAAAAUUUAUUUAUUUGAUUUUUAAAAAAAAUUGUCUAUUUUUGUUGUUAUUAAUGGUUUUCAAAUACUCAAAUUACUUUUAUUUUCUAUAGCUAAAUGUCAUGAUUUUUUUAACAUGUCCAUAAUUCUGAUAUUACACCAAUGUGUUUAGAAAAGAAAUCAGAGAAUGAACGACCAACUUAUGGAUGUCAAGUUAUGGUUCAGGUAAUUAAAUUUGUCAAAUAA